UGUGGUUGCUGAGAGUUCCCAAGGUCCAAGGUUCGCUUUUGUCAAUCUUGAUGCUGGCAUGGCUUCACAGCUUGUCACUAUAAAAGUGCUUGAGAAGCUAAAAUCAAGGUUUGGAGAUUUGUACACGGAGGAAAAUGUGGCAAUCAGUGGCAUCGAUACUCAUGCUGGGCCAGGGGGUUACUUGCAGUAUCUAGUUUACUCUAUCACUUCUCUCGGUUUUGUGCAUCAAUCAUUUGAUGCCAUUGUUAACGCAAUCGAGCUGAGCAUUGUUCAGGCUCACAACAAUCUCAAGCCUGGUUCAAUUUUCAUCAAUAAAGGCGUGGAAAAUGCGAGAAUAAACAGGAGCCCAAGUGCUUAUUUGUUAAACCCGGCAGAGGAGAGAGCCCGGUACCCAAACAACGUUGAUACCCAAAUGACACUGUUGAAGUUUUUUGAUGGUGCAAGCAAGAAGAGCAUUGGAGCCUUUAGCUGGUACGCAACGCAUGGUACUUCCAUGAGCAGAAACAACAAGCUCAUCAGUGGUGACAACAAAGGUGCAGCUGCUAGAUUCUUCGAGGACUGGUUCACUUCUAACACCAACUCAUCCUCCACACCAGUCACCAACUCCUCUAACAGAUCGAACAUUAGCACACUGGUAGAGAAAGCGAAAGCAAUCAAAGCCACAGGAGGAAAGCCCUGCGGUAACUUAACCAGCCAAGGUUUUAAGGUGAGGAAAAACAAUGGAUCACUAUUUGUAGGAGCAUUUUGCCAAUCAAAUGUUGGAGAUGUGACCCCAAAUGUGCUUGGAGCAUUUUGCAUUGAUGGUGGAAAACCCUGUGACUUCAAUCGUUCCUCCUGCCAUGGCAAUGAUCAGCUCUGUAUGGGCCGUGGGCCUGGAUACCCAGAUGAAAUACUAAGCACACAGAUUAUAGGGGGGAGGCAAUACCAAAAGGCUGUUGAUCUGUUUAUUUCUGCUACAGAGGAAUUGACAGGAAAGAUUGAUUAUCGCCAUGUUUAUUUAAAUUUUACUGAUAUUGAAGUUGAAUUAGAUGGGAACAAUGUAGUCAAAACAUGUCCUGCAGCACUUGGUCCAGGUUUUGCUGCUGGAACUACAGAUGGACCUGGUGCCUUUGGUUUCCAACAAGGUGAUACAAAGAUCUACAAGUUAUGGAGAAAGUUGAGAGACUUGCUUAAGGAACCAACCCAUUAUCAAGUGCAAUGCCAAAAGCCCAAAACAGUUUUGCUAGACACUGGUGAAAUGUUUGUGCCAUAUGCAUCGGCGCCAGCGAUUCUUCCAAUUCAAAUGCUGAGGUUGGGAAAGCUGAUCAUACUUUCUGUACCAGGAGAGUUCACAACAAUGGCAGGGCGGCGACUAAGGGAGGCAGUUAAGGAGACACUCAUAAGUAAUGGAAAUGGAGAAUUCAAUAACAACACUGAAGUUAUAAUAGCCGGCCUCACCAAUACUUAUUCGCAAUACGUUGCAACUUUCGAAGAAUUCGAGCAACAACGAUAUGAGGCUGCCUCGACCCUCUAUGGUCCACACACAUUAUCAGCAUACAUCCAAGAAUUCAAGAAAUUAGCAGAAACAAUGGCAAAAGGAGAAAAGAUCAUGAAAGGUCCUUCACCACCAGAUCUUUUUAAAGCACAACUCAGCCUCCUACCUGACCCUUUUGGAGACUCACCUCCUCCUGGAACAAACUUUGGUGACAUGAAACAAGACAUCAUUGUACCCAAAAAUGGCACAUUCACAAAGGGAGACAAAGCAAGUGCCACAUUUUGGAGUGCAAACCCAAGAUAUGACCUAUUGACAGAAGGCACAUUUGCAGUGGUAGCGGUGCUUCAAGGGCAGCAUUGGACUCCAGUUUAUGAUGAUGAUGAUGAUUUCUCUUUGUUUUUUAAGUGGAAAGCAGAUGACAGUUACUUGUAUAGCAUGGCAACCAUUGAGUGGUAAAUACCAAAGGAAGCUGGCUCCUGGGUAUAUAGGCUAAGGCACUUUGGUUCGUCUAAGAAAACAAAGACUCCCUUAUUUUGGGCAUUGUGUGUAGGCACACAAUAUGUAAAAUAAACAUAACUUAUCAUAUGUAUCCUUAUCCUUACAUAAAAUAAUAAGACAUUAUUU